GAAACAGAACUGUGACUGAGGGUUGCUCUCAACGUCUCAUCAGUGAGUGGAUAACAUGGAUGAGUCAUUUACAACUUUAAUGACCACAGGAUCCACAGAAAUGCUGUUCAGUACUGAAACUUUUGAUGCUUCUGGGGUACCAAGUUCUGCUGUGGGCCCCUUUCUAGAGCCCCUCGGGAUCGUUCACCCCCCUCAGGCUUGGAUAGCAGCAGGAAGUUGUGCAGUAAUGUGGUUUCUCCUGCACAGACACAACACCUGCACCUGACAACAGUUUUUUUGCACGCUUUGGUUAACUUGUACGUCACAGAAAGCAUUUGAUGUCAUAACAUCGUAUCCCCACUAGAAGCAUGUUAUGUUUUGAAACCCUGACAACAGUUAAGCUACUGAGUUGGGCAACAAGGGCAGAAAAAAAAACAUGCCUGACAGGAAAUGAAUAAAAGGGCAUGUGAUACACGUAACCCUCUUUAAUGCCGCAUCAGAUGAUCAGUUUUUCUGUUUUGAUUGCAGGACCCACCUGAGUACGUUGACUAUGAGACAGGGCCAACUGAAAACUCAGGCAUGUGUGACAGAACCUCGGUCAGGGUGUUCCGUCAGCAGUACGAACCACCUCUCUUCUGGAUAAUCUUCAUCCUUGGCGCUGUGGGCAACCUGUUGGUGGUUUGGAUCUACACCACUGUGCGCAACCGCCUGAAAACAAUGACGGACGUGUACCUGCUAAACCUGGCUGUGGCAGACCUCCUCUUCUUGUGCAUGCUACCCUUCUGGGCUGUCGAUGCCACCAAGGGAUGGGACUUUGGCAUCAGUCUCUGCAAAAUAGUGUCAGCUAUCUACAAAAUCAACUUCUUCAGCAGCAUGUUCCUGCUCACAUGCAUUAGCGUGGACCGCUACAUUGCGAUUGUUCAAGUCACCAAGGCUCAAAACCUGAAGAGGAAGAGGCUGUUUUACAGCAAACUUGCCUGUGUUGGCGUCUGGUCUCUCUCCACUCUCCUGGCCCUCCCUGAGUUUAUCUUUGCCCAGGUGAAGACCAACCAAAGAGGGCAGUCCUGUGCUCUGGUCUACUGGAACAACGGAAACAAUCGGACUAAGAUCCUGGUGUUGUCCUUGCAAAUCUGCAUGGGCUUCUGCCUACCUCUACUAGUUAUGAUCUUUUGUUACUCUGUCAUCAUUCGCACACUUCUACAGGCCAAGAGCUUUGAAAAGCACAAGGCCCUACGUGUCAUCUUUGCUGUGGUGUUUGUGUUUGUUUUCUCACAGCUGCCUUACAAUAGUCUGCUGAUAAUGGAGGCCACUCAGGCAGCUAAUACCACUAUCACCAACUGUGACACGGUAAUUGGUUUUGAUGUAGCUGGACAGGUUGCCAAGAGUCUGGCAUAUACUCAUGCCUGCCUGAACCCAUUCCUAUACGUCUUCAUUGGAGUUCGGUUCAGACAAGACCUCCUGAGGAUUGUGAAGAUGUGUGCUGGCGGUCUGGGAAAAGGAGGGCUCAGCAAACUGCAGGCGGUUCCCAAACGUCCCUCCAUCAUGUCUGAUACUGAUACUACACCUGCCCUUUCCAUAUGAAUGCCCAUUUUCCUAAACUUUCCUAAAAUCCUACACCUGAGACCUGAACCUAGUUCAACAUGAUCACCUUUUUUAAUUUUGUCCCUCAUGCAUUACUUACAGAGCAAUGAUAACAUUUCCAACUUUGAAAGCAAAAAUGUCUUUACAGUUUAUAUUCAUUACAUUUACAGUCACAUUCACAUGUUUUGGAAUUACUGUAUAAACUGUAAAUUAGUGUAAAUACUGUUUUUUAAGUGUUUGUAUUUUUACAUUUGUUACUUCAUGUAUUUGCUGUGUGCUGCUGUAACUAAAUAAAAAAAACUAUUGUAUUUUUGAUUUCCAGGUUCAA